GAGAAUGUAAACAAGAGCAGCUGCUAACUCAGUUGCUCUGCUGAUAUAAUUAUUAUAAACGUGAUUGCACGGAUUUAUAUAUUUUUUCCUAAGAAUGAAAUGGAUAUACACACACGGCCAACGCUGUUUAGUGAAAUAGCACAUGGCCUGGGCUUUUGGACCGACAGAUCAGCGGUGCACGAAGCAGCAGCUCAGGGACGAGCGGCAGAACUUCAGCAGCUCAUUAAAAAUGGAGCAAUGGUCAACAUUGUGGCUGUAGACUCCAUAACUCCACUGCACGAGGCUUGUAUUCAAGGCCAAACACAGUGUGUUCAGCUGCUACUGGAGGCUGGAGCCCAUGUGGACGCCCGUAACAUAGACGGGAGCACACCGUUAUGUGAUGCUUGUGCAGCUGGUAACAUAGAGUGCGUGAAGCUGCUGCUGGAGUACGGAGCCACGGUUAACCCUCCUCUCUUUACGUUUUCUCCCCUUCAUGAGGCCUGUAUGGGGGGUAACCCCGAGUGUGUGCGGUUAAUGAUAGCCGAGGGAGCGCGCAUGGAGGCUCACGACUGUCACUUUGGUACUCCUCUUCACGUGGCUUGUGCCAGACAGCAUCUUGACUGUGCCAAGGUUCUACUAAAUGCAGGUGCGAAUGUAAAUGCUGCAAAGAUUCAUGAGACGGCCCUCCACCACGCUGCUAAAGCAAACAAUCUGGAAAUGAUCGAGCUGUUGGUGGAGUUUGGGGGUAACGUCUUUGCCAGGGAUAACCUCGGGAAAAAGCCAAUCCAUUACACCAGCGCUGGCUCGGCUGCGGCGGUCUGCCUCAAGUUCUAUGAAACUGAACCGCUUAGUCUUCAGCAGAUAAGCAGGGUAGCACUCAGGAGUACGCUGGGGAAACGAGCGCUGGAGGCCGUGCCACAUCUGGGUUUGCCCACUCGUAUGAUCUGCUACCUCACGUACACGCCCACUCCGCCUCCCGAGCUCCUGACCAGCGCACAAGCCGAGCUGAUCAACAAGACGACCAAUUACUCCGGCACACCCGAAACAGAGGGGAUUCCACACAAUUGAUUGUGUCUGGAAUUAUAUCCUGUCUUAUUAUUACAAACUUCAGUUAAUGUGCAGAUCUAUAUUUAGCAUGAGAUUUCUUUUGUGAUCGUUGAAGUCAUGCUGACAGCACAAAGAACCAUUCUUGUGUUUCAUUCUUGGUCUGUGCAGCACUUGUGUGUGAAAUGUAUUCACAUUCUGAUUUGUAUAAAGUGUAGUGUUUAUUGUAAAUUGUAUAUCUGUAAUCUAGUUUCAUCUUGAUUUUUAUUGUACAUAUUCUAAACAAUAGUUUAUAAAUAAUUUAAUAUUGCACUGUAUUUCUUUUAAAGUAUUUGAAUUUAAGGUGAAAAAAAAAGUGAAAAGUGCUUGAAUCCUGUUGUUUGUUUUUACAUUUUUGUCUUAAUUUUGUCUUGUGUAAAAACGCUAAUACUGAUUUCACAAUGAUGAAAACUCUAGAAUAAGUCUGUGAAAUCCGUUUUCGAGCUGAUGGUCCUAGAAAAAGAAUGGAAAAAUGCACAGAGGUGACAAAGUUGUACGCUGAGCAGAAAGCAAGAGACAACAAAUGUGUUGGUGAAUGCAAAUACCCCGAGCUAGCUGUUUAACGCUCCCAUCUUUAUGCAAAGUGCACAUUGUCCAGUCUUGCUCGUGGCUGUGCUACCUGAGAAAAUACAUUUUAUUUUAUGAUUAAGUUUUUAAAUUUUUUUAAAGUCAUUGUAGUAGAAUUUCUCCUUAAUUUAUAUGUUGGCAAAUUAAUAAAUGUAUACAAUGUAAA